UCCGAAUGGCACGAUUGAGGCUACGAGGGGCUAGAACAUACCACCACUUUCAAACGUCAUCAUUGCCUAUUGGUUACCUAUACCUAUAUUUACCUGGAAUAUAUUUACCUUGAUGAAAUCGUUAAAACUCCCUUUUACAGUUUGCAAAGUCUCUUUUUAAUUCUUGAUAUAUAAUAUAUAUCGAUAUCUCUUGCAUCGUUAUUAAAUAUAAACAAGUUAACCCCUAACAUGGCGCACGUUCUCCUUACCCCAGCUCCCUACCAUGUCUUAUCCUACGGUACAUUACUUGGAACAGAGGUUUUCCAUACAUUUAUAAACUCGAUACUCUCCUUUAAAGUUCUCGAGCGACCCCAAUUCGCAAUCCUACAACGCGCCGUCUUCCCCGCAUACUUCGGUAUCCAGUCUGCCGCCCCCGUGCUUCUCGCCCUAACAUAUCCUGGGAGGAAGAACCUCCUAGGCGUUCCCUCGGGCCUCGUGGGCGUGUUCCACCCGACAAACCGCUGGGGCGUACUUGUGCCGCUUGGCACCGUACUCGUAACGGGGCUUGUUAAUCUAGUAUAUCUACUUCCCGAGACGAACAAGGUAACUGCCUUGAGGCGAGAGCAAGAACUGAAGGACGGCAAAGCAAGUCACGAGAAGGGUGUUCAGUCAGAGGAGAUGACUGCGCUGAACAAGAAGUUCGGACAGCUCCACGGCAUCUCUUCGCUUGCUAACCUGAUCACGGUAAUUGCGACAGUUGUCUACGGCAUUAACCUAUCUGCCCGAAUCGUAUAAACGGGGCCAAUGAAUGCUAUUUAAUGAAUUAUAUGUAUAUGAAAAAAGGGAUGAGACAUACUUGGCGCUUCCAAUAAAGACGAUACGAGGUACAUACGAUAUUAGGGAACCAGAUUGUCAAUUUAUUAUAAUUUAAAAACUUAAAAAAAGAUUCGACUACCGAACAAGUUC